AUGGCCGUCUCUUGCUCUCUACUUUCGGGGGUCCACACAACGGCGCCAACAGUGGCGAGCGCCUCCUUGCCUUCCACAACCUGCACCACCGCGGCUUGCUGCUCCACUGUGCAGUCCUACACGCUCGCCGACGUCGGUCAUGUAACUCCAGGCAGCGUCUUCGGCGGCGUUCAUGACAUCAGUGCCAGUCGGUCUCCCCCUGCGAUGGCGACUGCCGAGGAUGCCGGCGCCGCGUCUCUGGUCUCACGCCUGCGCGCAGAAGCUGCGUCUCGAAAGAAGCCGCGGCUACUGCAGUGCCACGCAAUGACACCGAUGCUUCUCUCCUCCGGCGAGCUGUUGACGUGGGAGCAGCCCGCUCUGUCGGCGGCGUCGUCCCUGCCCGCUGCGACGGCAGCGCCGGCAACAUCGCUCGUCAGCCCCCCCACACCCAACGCUGUGCCUCCUGCACGUUUCUUCCACACUCCGCCCCCUCCUCCGCCGCCGCCACCACCACCUGUUCCACAGCAUCAGGCACAGCAGUGUGAGCUGAGGCUGCUGCGAUGUGUCCGGCGCAGCGGUGUGCCGUUCAUUGAGCAGUUGCAGCAGCGGUGCCGCACCGCCACAGGACUUGCGCAGCACCUCGUGGCGCCGCAAUGCUCACCACGGGCCUCAGGCGACUCUGCUGAAUCGCCAUCACACGCGGCGGCGGUUGUGAUGCGGCAGUCGUGCGGCUCACACUCGACGCCUCUGUCGCCUAUUUCCUUCGCAUGUGGAGCUCAUUCAGGUCCGGCGUCGAUGCUGGGGCUGCACUCGUCUGCCGAGUUACUGUCCCAGGGGACGCGUCAGUUGCACUGGUCCAAGCAAGGGAGGGUGCCUGCAGCUCCCCGCGCUAGCAGCGACGCGGAUGACGGACGGAGCCCUAGUAUUCGCGAAAGUGGGCUGCUCGGCAGCGUCCGUGGAACCCCCGUGAGUCUCAGAGAACCGAGCGAGCUUCGCAGAGAUGACCGCGACGGAGGCAUGGGCACUGACGAUGGUGCGUUGCAUCGCGUAAGUCUUUCAACCCUGCUUCUCUUCCAGGCUCCGUCUUCUUGCUCGGCGGAUGCCGACGCCGCCGCGUCGUCGGUUGCGAUCACAGCUGGAACAGUAUUGGUUCAUUCAACCACCGAGCCGGCGAACGACACGUGCAACUUGCCCUGCUCUUACUCACGAUCCUCCGGCACUCGUUACCAUCUCCAAACGCCUCGAAAGGGGCAUUCUGACGUUGAUCCAUCUCACUUGGCGGCGCACCCCUUGGUGCGUCACCCGCUGUUCUUAUCGUCGGCUGCGGCUGCACAGGGCCUACUCUGCCCGCCCGGCAACGGACGUGCGUCUGCCACCGCUACUGCACCACACGCUCGGGACAGCCGCCCUCUCACCUUCCACAGCCACGAGGGCGGCGUGCCGAGUCCGUCGCUGUCACGCUGGCCUUCCACGUUGCAAGCGCACUCAUCUAUUUCGCUGCCUUCCUCGGCAGCAGGAGCAGCGGCAGUGCCGUUGAUGAGCAGUGUGCAGCCAGGCCCCUUUCUGACCAUGUCACAACAGCAGCAGCAGCAACACUUGCCUUUGUUCGCCGUUCUCCCUAGCACGUCGGUGAUUCCUUCAUCGCGGUGCAUGCCAAGAGCGACUAAUGGGAUGUCCGCAGCUGGCGCAAGUAACUCUUCUACACCACCGCUGGUGUUCACCGCGAUCGAUCCCGCCGCAGCAGACAUGCGUUCCACUAGCGGCUCUCCGUACCUCUCCCAAGAGAUGCAGCUGGCCUCCAGGUUGUCCUCUGCAGCCAGCAUGUCUCCACAUCUAGCGCACGGUGACGAUCGCGGCGGAAGCCCAGCGCGUGCGUUCAUGCUCCAGCAGCACCCUUUCUCUGAGCCUGUGGUAGCCACAUCCGCGCUUGCCACGUCGCUGCCGCCAUCUCGCACCGUCACACCGCCAGGCAUCGCGGGCAACUCGCACGACCGCAUCGCGCAUGUCGACCCUUUUGCCACGACGCCUCGAGCCACUUCGGACGCCGCUGUGGUGGGCAGUGAUAGGCCCCGCUGCGCUCAUCAUCCUCACAGUCAAGCACCGGAAGGGGCGGUGGUCGCAGCGGCGGCCGUAGCCUCUGCAGCGGCGUCGCCGUCUCGCGCCUCCGUUUUUCAGCAUCAGCAACCGCCUCCGCUGCUCUCGAAGCCGGCAGAGGGGCACCAUCGACCAGGGAUGCCACCACCACUGCCCUCCCUCCCAGCUAUGUCGCAUGCCUGUGAGACACCGUCACGCCGCCAACAACGACCACCGGCAGAGCGGUGCUGUGCCACGGCAGGUGCGCACGUCAGACAGGCAGAGACGGCGGUAGGCGGAGCGGUGGAGGCGGCCGCAGAGAUGGUGGCGUUGCCUUCCGCGGACACGGCAAUGCUGCUCGUGGUGCCUGGAGGUGUAUCCUCGGUGCCAGCCACCUCCAUUGCUGCCAUAACCGGUCCCUCUGGCGACGCGCCAAGCUGGGGCAGUGAUACCCAUGCCGAUGCUGCCUUAGCCCUCAUCGAGGACGUCAUGGAAGGGGGUUCUAGCGAGGAGGGGCGGCUCGUAUCACGUGGUCAGCGCGUGGGCGGCGGCGAUAGCGGCGCAGGAUCAGCCGAGACCGUCACCGAGAGGGUGGUUACCUACUUCCCGAUUCAGAAGUCCGUAUUGGCGCAGCGCAGCGCCUACUUUGCUGCUCUUCUCGACGAGGGCAGCGGCUGCGGCCCGUAUGUGCGCAGUACCCCGGACGAGCACGUGGAUUUCACAAGCUUGCUGCCACUGCCGACAACGGCGGAACUAGCAGAGGCGCGGGAUGCCCAUCUGUGCAGGGCUGGCGGUGCGGGCGGGCCAUGUCCCCUGACGGCGAGGAUACCGCACGCGUAUCGCCGCCGAGACCACCUCCGCCGAGGCCCUGCGACUGCCACAGCUUCUGACGAUGCCCAGCCUGCCUGUUCCGUGGCGCUGGCCCACCGCCAGCGCGUUCCCGUGUACUACAUCCCAACCCCGGAGACGGUGUCGUGCUUCACGGACGAUAGUAGCGGUGCCCGCCUCGGCCGCAGUGGCGCGCACUCUCGCAUCGGCGCUGGUGACCCUGCGGCGGCCUCCACUGCGCCAACCCUUUCGCACGCUUGCGUGUGCCAGUUGCUUCACUACUUGUACACCGGCGUGCUCCCCAUCUUCCAUCGGCUGCCAGGGAGGACAGGAGUCGCUGAGUGGGAGUCGACUGCUGCCGCCGGGAUCGCCAGCCUGCAGUCCGAUGCCCUUCGCAAUGGCUUCGCGAACGACUACGCGGCAGUGCUGUGGAUGGGGCUCUAUACCGGCCUCUCCUCCCUCACCUCGUCGAUGCUUAAGUUACUCUGGCGUUUUUUGGCGCUGUCGCGCGACGUGUGGCCGUACUGGAUCGCAGCAGUGCAUUGGCGCGUGCCGGAGAUGCAACUCAUCUGCGAGGCGUGGAUAGAGCAGCAUCUGUGCGCAAUGCUGCGAGCAUCAACGGCGCAGGGGCUGUGGCGUGGACUGCGUCUCGAUCAGGUGCAGAUGCUAGUGAGUCUGCGCAAGAAAGCACUUGACGCGGAGGCGGAGGCGCGGGCCGCGCAGACGAGCCCGAUGGCAAGUAACGCGUCGCCUCGCUAUUUGCUCAGGCGCACCACCACCGGCGGUGACGCUGCUGCGGAAGCGUCGAUGAGCAUCACCACCACCACGAUGCCGUCGUUUCUGCGGGAGCAGGUGAACGAUAGCGACGCCGCAAGCAGCGUUGACGAUAGCGGAUCGUUAAGCGAGGAGGCGGCAGAGCAGCGCCGUGCGCAGUUGUCGCUGAGGCCUCCAGCGCCUCCCGUUGCUACCAUUGGGUGGCCAGCUGAGGUACUGAGGUACCAACAACUGCACCCUCUGCGCCCCCGCGGCGGCAGUGGCAGUGGCGUUGGCACACCGAGUCUCUCGUCCUCACAACCUGGUGCUGGUCGGGUUUCUUCUGUUGACAAUCUCCGAGUAUCACCGACUACCGAGGGCGUUCCAGUCCUGAGCCGAGACGCGGAAGCAUCUCCUUCUCGCCCUCCUCUGGAGUCGCUGUCCCCGUUCGCCUUGCCAACGCCGCCGCCCGCGCUCGCUAUGCCGCCUGCACUCGCUACGCCGCUGGCUUUCGACGGUGUCUCAUCCCCAAGUGCGAUGGCCGGAGUUGCCAGCGCCCCUCUCAGCCGCCAAAGCAGUCGCGUCAGUACGCCCCUCUUCGCCCCCCGCGCCGCUGCGGCCGUGCGGCACUUUCGGGGCUUCAGUGGUCGCCCCCCCGCUCUCGGGGUGGCGACAACAACGGCUACGCCUGGCAUCCCGUCGUCCGCGGCACUCACGCUCGACGACUUGAGCGGCGUGGACGGCGCACAGGCGGCCGAGGGCGCUGAUAACACGGCGGCGAUCGCCGGGGGCCCUCGAGGACACCGAACGGACCUAGGAGGCGGAGGAGAGAGCGGCACUGUGAUGAGGGGCGCUGGACUGACUAGUCGCAUGGAAACGCCUUCUGCGGCCAACACUGCCGUUGCUUUUCGAACACUGGUAACCACCGGAGACGCUGCGGUUCUCCGGUCGGAGGCAGCCGAGUCGCCCACGCUUGCGCAGGCCGACAUCCCUGUCCGCGACAACGCUGAGGUGCCGCGCCGAUCUCCGCUAACCACACGCGGCGUCCAUGAUCUUUUCAACGACUCUCACGCCGAGCCGCGCAGUUCGUCGCGGCUGCACGUUGCGUACCCGCCGAUUACCUCAGCCAACGCCUACUACACCACUCCACCCAAUGGGGUGGCGAUACAACCCACGCUGCAGGUACUCGCCGACGGAGCCUGGGCCAUCGGCGGCUGCGGCCGGCUUUACACAGCUGAGACACGCGAAGAGCUGGAGAAGCGACAGGCCUACUGGUUCCGCGCUGAGUGGGAGCAUCAACAGCAGCUUCCGUCGGCGGUACUCUUGACAGAGACUGAAGUGCUGGAGCGUCUCUGGACGUGGUGGCGGGCUCGCAGUGAGGACUCAUCGAAUCAGCCGACCGAGACGGAGGUGCGCGCGGUGGUUGAGAUGCUGCCGAAGGUUCGCCUCAGUGACGCACAAGCGGCGCUGCCGUGCACGUCCCCGCGCGAUGACGCGGCGUACGACGGCUUCAGGGCGCUCUUGGCCGAAGAGCAACGUUUCCUGGUCGCAAGUGAAGUGGGGCUGCCCAACGCUGCUGUUGUUACGGUGCAGUCACCACUCUAG